GGGUCUAAAGAAGACAUGGCCAAAGUGUGUGUAGCCAUAGCCACAGUACUGGCGGUGGCGGCUCUUCUCCAGACCUCCACGGCACAAACCACGCACGUUGUGGGGGAUAGCCUCGGGUGGUUGGUCCCGCCCGGCGGUAAGAUUGCCUACGAGACGUGGGCUGACAUGCAGACCUUCGUCGUGGGCGACAUUCUCAUGUUCAACUUCACAACCGGAGAACAAGAUGUGGCCAGGGUCACAAAGGAGGCAUUUGACUCGUGCAACUCCACAAGCCCCAUCUUCCUAGAGACAACCGGCCCGUUCAACUACACUUUGGAUGCUGCCGGUGAGUACUACUUCAUCGGCACCAUGGACAGGCACUGCUUCUUCGGUCAAAAGCUGGCCAUCAACGUCUCCACCUCCGCCGGCCCUACCCCUUCCCCGCAGGCUCCGACCCCAACACCGGCCCGAGGCCCCGUGACGUACAUCGUCGGCGACGAUUUGGGUUGGCUGGUUCCUCCCGGUGGCUACAUCGCUUACGAAACUUGGGCAUAUGACAAGACCUUCUUGGUUGGAGAUGUCUUGGUGUUCAACUUCACAACCGGAGAACAAGAUGUGGCCAGGGUCACAAAGGAGGCAUUUGACUCGUGCAACUCCACAAGCCCCAUCUUCCUAGAGACAACCGGCCCGUUCAACUACACUUUGGAUGCUGCCGGUGAGUACUACUUCAUCGGCACCAUGGACAGGCACUGCUUCUUCGGGCAAAAGCUGGCCAUCAACGUCUCUGCCUCCACCGGCCCUACCCCUUCCCCGCAGGCUCCGACCCCAACACCGGUCCGAGGGCCCAUGACGUAUGUCGUCGGCGACGACUUGGGUUGGCUGGUUCCUCCCGGCGGCUACAUCGCUUACGAAACUUGGGCAUAUGACAAGACCUUCUUGGUUGGAGAUGUCUUGGUUUUCAACUUCAAAAAUAAAACCCAGGACGUCGCCGUGGUGACGGAAGAGGCCUACGACUCGUGCAACACCACCACCACCAUCGCGGUCUAUAGGACAAGCCCAGUCAAGUACACCCUUACCGCCGCCGGCGAAUACUUCUUCACAAGCACCUUCUCUCGCCAUUGCUUCUUCGGUCAAAAGCUAGCCAUCAACGUCACCGCAUCCAGCUCAGCCACUCCACCUUCCACCACCACAGCCCCGACGCCAUCCAGCAGCUCCUCUUCCUCCGCUCCAUCUCCGACUGCCGGUGGCCCCUCCGCUCCGCCGCCCGAGAGCUCUGCUCCGGCUAGGGCCAUCUUUGGCAUCUCAUCCACGUUGUUGCUUAUUGCCUUGGCUCUUGUUCAUUGAAAAUGUUUCUAGAAUCCAGUAAAUACAAUAUUGGUCUAUACGAGAAAUUCAAUAGAUACACCACACACGUCAUUUGUCCCGGUCACCUAUCUUCACGUCUUUGUUUAUGCUUUUCACAAAAUAAGGUAUCCAGCAGAAUUUUAGGCUUCUUUGCACCUUGAUUCAUUGUCAGUCCAUUCAGGACAAUAAAGGUUGAUAGGUGCAUUAAAUUCA